GCAGUAAGUGUUUGGCUGUAGUAAACUCUCUCUAAUCCUAACAAGCAAAAACAACUAACAGAUUCAUGUAAACAGCCUUAAUUUUAUGUUCAAAUAGACACUGACCACUGGACUAAAACAAAACAACUUUAUAUAAUCCUCCAGAAGGCAAAACAAUGAAGAUAAAUCUGGAUUACAGAAAAUCACUCCAUGAAGUCUGAAGAACAACACUUUAUCUUCAGCAGAACAACACUUUAUCUUCAGCAGAACAAGCAGUUUAUCUUCAGCUGAACAUGACGAGCUAUGAAGUGUCUGUUCAACAGCUCAACGAUCUGCUGACCGAUGAUAACGGAGACUUCUGCAUGCCCUCCAAACCUUUUCAUGAAGUCUAUCCUGGGAUACUGCUAGGAAAUGAGUCUGCAGCCACAAAUGUGACCCGUUUGCUAGAGCUGGGAGUGACACACAUCCUCAAUGCUGCCGAAGGCCAAUCAGACAUGCAUGUGAACACAGAUGCAGAGUUUUAUGCAGACACAGGAAUCAUCUAUCAUGGGAUACCAGCCUUCGACACUGACCAUUUUGACCUCAGCAUAUAUUUUGAAGAAGCUUCUGGUUUUAUUCAAAGAGCUUUGGAAAUGAAAGGAAAAGUGUAUGUCCACUGUCAGAAAGGCUACAGUCGAUCAGCUGCUCUGGUCAUCGCUCAUCUGAUGCUGCAGCACAGGAUGGACGUGCGAGCUGCAGUGGCCACCGUCAGAGAGAAACGAGAGAUCGGGCCCAAUGAUGGAUUCCUGCGCCAGCUCUGCCAGCUCAACGACAGGCUGUAUGAUUAAUACCUACAUGAAUCUGUGUUUUCAUCAUGUACAUGUCAGCAUUACGUAAAAUAUGCACAUUCCUACAUAAAAAAUACAUUUUGGUGUUCAUUUGUUUAAAUAAUUGUGUUCUGCACCUAAAAAAUAUAUCCUGCCUUCUAGUGGUAAAUGUUCAUUUAAAACGUUCAUGCAGCACACAACAAUGGUUAGAUACAGAGGCAGACAGAAUUUUGUUACACUUUAAAGUGUGUGCGUGUGUAUUUUGGUUUG